AUGAGCCGCAAAUACACAGUGGAAAAGAUAUUAAAAAAACGUGUCGAUAAAGGCCAAAAGGUUUUUUACUUCCUUAAAUGGGCUGGCUAUACUCGUCCAUCUUGGGUUCCAGCUGAGAAUAUGUUUUGCGACGAUUUUUUGCGUGAAUUUGAAAGACCGAUUAUAAAAGAUGCCAAGCGACAAGGAAAUCAAAUUUUUUAUUUGGUUGACAUUGAAGGAAAAGAGGGAGAAAAAUUUGCAAGUGACGAUUUGGAAGAUCAUAUCAAAAUCGAAUGGUUGGAAACUAAAAUCGAAUGGGUGCAAAAUGAUGAGCCUGAUAACAAUCAUGACGACGAUGAAUAUGAAAUUCGCAUUUGUAUUGGAAAUGCAGAGCAAAUUCUCUACGUCACAAAUGCUAAUGGUUCACUCCAGUAUUGGAUUCGUUUUGCAAAUGGAAAUUGCAAAUUCGUAUCAGCUGCCGAAUGCCGCGUCAAAUUUCCCGAACUUGUACUACAGUACUUAGAAGAAAACCUAGUUUGA